AUGAAGCGGAAAUUUCAGUUCCCGAUCUGCAGUCAUGGGGAUGGCCGCAAACUUCUCGCUUUGAGUCUGCCGAAGAUGACGCCAGCAACUACCUGUGCUCGUGUGGAGGAAAAGGAGAGGCAGACGGCACCACAGAAAGGAGGGACGCGAGAGUGGACAGAGGAAAAAAAAAAAAAAAAAGGAGAAGAGGAGGGGUCUUCUUCUGGGGCCACCGGGCUCGCCGUCGCGGCUGCCGACGCCAGCAGCCGAAGCUCCGCCCAGCUCUGCCACGCCUGUUGCCGCGCCGCGACUCCUGCAACCUGCAGCCCGAGCCCCCUCGCCACGCCACCGUCGCUCCCGCGACGCCAGCAGCCCGAGCCUCCUCGUCGCGCCACCGCUGCUCCUGCAACCUGCUCGUCCCCUGCAGCUCGAAGCGGCGACGCCACGCUGCUGAUCCACGAGGUCGUCAGAACCCGGAACGGAGGGAGAGCAGAGGGCAAACCGAGGGAGAGAGGGAACCGGAGGCAAGGCUUCGAGGAAGCAACACGCCACCAAGGCCGCCCGCAAGUCCGCCUCGGCCACCGGCAGCGUCAAGAAGCCCCGACCGAGCAGAACCGCCGCUGCUCACCGAGCCGCCGCCCUCCGACCUCGACUGCUGCAACGCCUGGGCUCGACGCCGUAGCUGCCCAUCUUCGCCGUCGUCCGCCGCUGCACACUCCCAUCGCUGCUGUAUCAGGUGAGAGCUUCUUUGUCGCCGUCCCUUUUUCCGAGAAGCCAGCAGCCGCCAGACGAGUCGUCGCCGCCGCUUUCCCCACCCGGAACCCUAGCCGCCGUCCGCCGCGUCGCCGCCGCCGAACCACUGCCCUGCGACGUUCCAGACGACCCCCCGGCGCCCCGGAUCGCCGGACUCGAGGGUCCCAGAAUUUGGGUCCGUGA